CUUGGGCAAAACAUGAUCAGCCUGAUUCAAUCUUUAUUAGCAACCAGAUUUUAUUUGAAUCUAAGCAGAAAAUAAAGGUAACCGCUAGAAUUCUUCAAGUGGGGCUCAAUUUCAUAAAAGGAAACAGCUUUAAUCACGUUAACAAUGUGGCAAAUGACCAUUUAUGAGUUCGUAACUUGCUAUUGCCUUUUAUAUUUAAACACAACAAACUCCACAAAGUAAACACAUUUCCUUCCAUUGCAAAACAUGGCAACCGGGGUCGAUGUAUCGGCUGCAUCCAGUUAUGCAGUUCUUCUCCUCCAUCUUCUUGCUAUCAGCACUAUUGCAUCUGUUGUAGAAGAGAGAUCGAUAUAUUUGAUUUUGAUGGAAGGAGAACCAGUAGCAUUUCAUGGUGAUGUUCUAUCUAGUCAACAAGGAAGAAGAUUCGACCCCAAAAGUGAAGCUUACGAAGUUCAUGCAAACAAGUUGGUAGAUUCUCAUGAUCAAGUUCUUGAAAGCACUCUAGAUAAGGGAAGCUAUAACAAGCUAUACAGCUUCAAACAUGUCCUUAAUGGCUUUGCUGUCCACACUACACCAUCUCAGGCUAAGAAACUACAACUUGCUCAAGGAGUGAAGUUGGUUGAAAGAGAUCGAAGAGCCAAAUUGAUGACUACUUAUACUCCAGAGUUCUUAGGGUUACCUCAAACCGUGUGGACUCAAGAAGGAGGUGAUAGAAACGCAGGAGAUGGGAUUGUUAUGGGUUUUGUUGACACAGGGAUCAACCCCUUUCACCCAAGCUUUGCUUAUGACAUACUCAACCCUUUAACGUCCAAUCUCUCUCAUUUUUCUGGUGCAUGUGAAACGGGUCCUCUAUUCCCACCGUUUUCGUGCAAUGGUAAGAUAGUUUCCGCCCGAUUUUUCAUAGCUGGGGCUCAAGCAGCCACUUCUCUUAAUGCUACCAUAGACAUUCCUUCACCGGCUGAUGCUGUUGGCCAUGGAAGCCACGUUGCAUCAAUUGCCGCUGGAAAUGCUGGGGUCCCUGUGACAGUUAACGGCUUCUAUUAUGGACGAGCCAGUGGGAUGGCACCGCGUGCAAGAGUUGCUGUUUAUAAGGCUGUCUAUCCAACGGUGGGAACCCUUGCGGAUGUGGUUGCAGCAAUUGAUCAAGCAGUAGCAGAUGGAGUGGAUAUCUUAACGCUGUCGAUCGGACCGGAGGAACCACCACAAGAUACAGUCACAUUCUUGAGCAUUUUUGACAUAGCCAUGUUAUUCGCACGAAGAGCUGGGGUUUUCGUGGUGCAGGCUGCGGGAAACUCAGGUCCUGGUCCUUCGACAGUAUUGUCUUACAGCCCUUGGGUUGUCGGUGCAGCCGCUUCCAGGACAGAUCGAAGAUACACUGCUUCUCUUCUCCUAGGAAAUGGCCUAAAUGUUUCUGGCGUGGGGUUAUCAGCUCCUACAUUUGGAAAUGGAUCAUUACUGUAUAGGCUGGUGUUGGCUAAGGAUGCAAUCAAUUUGAGUGGAGCAUUCCCUAGGACCCCGGAGUAUGUCGAAGAGUGCCAACAUCCAGAAGCUUUUGACCCUAGCGUAGUGAGGGGUAGUAUUGUUAUAUGCAGUUUCUCCGCCGGUUUCUAUAACGAGACAUCCACCUUAACAGCCAUUUUUGACACUGCAAGAGUUCUUGGAUUUAUGGGGUUUGUUCUUGUUGCAAAUCCAAGUUAUGGUGAUUUCAUUGGGCAACCAAUUCCUUUUUCUGUUUCUGGCGCUUUAAUCCCAAAAGUUGCAGAUGCAAAGAUUGUAUCUGAAUAUUAUGAACAACAAACAUUAAGGGAUGCAAGAGGCAUUGUAAGACAGUUCAAUGCUAGAGCUGCUAUACAAGACGGUAGAGUUGCCUCGUUUGGUGUCCAAGCACCCAUUGUUAGCAGAUUCUCUUCAAGGGGACCCGGUUUUAUUGACAUCAACCGGAACCCUUCUGAUGUACUAAAACCUGAUAUUCUUGCCCCAGGAAAUGAAAUUUGGGCAGCCUGGAGCCCCUUGAGUGCCCUGGAUCCAAUUCUAACAGGUUACAAUUUUGCUCUUCUGUCGGGUUCAAGCAUGGCUGCACCUCAUGUUGCCGGAAUUGCAGCACUAAUUAAGCAAGAGUACCCUUCCUGGAACCCAUCGAUGAUUGCAUCGGCAAUGUCAACCACGGCCACCAAGUUCGAUAACAAUGGUGGGAUUAUAAUGGCCGAAGGAUUCAAUAUCGGGAGCUUGUAUUCUUCUAAUAAUUUUGAUUUUGGCGCUGGCUUUGUUAAUCCAACUCAUGCCAUGGAUCCAGGCUUGGUCUUAUCAUCAGAAUUUGAAGAUUAUAUCAGCUUUUUGUGUUCAAUGCCCUUCAUUGAUCGCAUUGCAAUCAGAGCCGCCACCAGAGUGUGGUGUGGUCAGUCCGUUGGCCACCCUGCUAACUUGAACAUACCGUCGGUGACCAUAUCUGCACUAAGAAGAUCACUGACAGUGAGACGGAGUUUCAAGAACGUAGCCACCAAACCGGAGACAUAUGUAAGCUUAGCGAUACCGCCUAAUGGGACAACCAUCACCUUGCGUCCACCUUGGUUUACUAUAGCUCCGGAGGGAACCCAAGAUUUAGACAUAGAAAUCAAUGUGAUUAAAUCGACCAAUGAGUUCAGCUUUGGUGAAAUUAUUUUAACAGGAAGCUUAAAUCACAUUGUGAGAAUGCCGGUAACGAUUAGGCCGGUUUCAAUUGUCUAAUAGGUAAUCACCAGAGAAGUAUGACCAAAUGGAGAUCAAAAGACGAGACUAAACUAAAAAUGAAAAACAAGACAGCAAAACAAAGGAAUGUCUAUGUACUUUAUUUCAAUGAAUUAAAGUAAAACCUUUUUUU